CUCAAUUGUGCGACGAGGAACAACAAACAUGAUCACCACAAACAGAAUUGCCCUCAAGGCCCAAAAGGCCAGGUCACAGGCCUUGGUCUGCCAAUUCUGCCAGCGAGCGGGAUCUCCUAGCCCUAUGUCCCGUUCGCUGCUUGCUCGGACUUACGCAUCCAACACCAGCCCGACCACCCCCAGCGUGCAUCGCGAGCGCUUCCCGCAAAGACAACAAUUGUGGACUCGUACGAACCAAGCUCCCAAACGAGCCAAGUCCAGCCAAGCAGGACAGUCCGCAGUACUACGAUUGGAUGAAGAGAUUGCCCAGAUCGUCCAAGAAUGUUCCAACCUCUGCAAAGCAGACGGCGUACCCGCCAACGAGGCCGUCACGCAAAUCCUCCAGCGAAGCGAGAAGAUCGCUGAGAUAAUCGCCCAACAUAGAGAAGCUCAGAUCAAGCAGAAGCAGGAACCGGAUGAAUUGUCCUCUCUCCUGGACCUUGACGAGCAGUCCAAUGCCGCACAGACAAAGCAACGACGACCCCGACAAACCCCCGAGCAACAAUCCACGCAGCUCUGCCAGGCCAUCCACAACCUGUUGACCGACGAGAAGGUCUUCAUCUCCCCCGAAGCUCUAGCCUCCUAUACCAAGAUUCACGUCCUGCUCCGCCAACCCGAACACUUCCCGGAGAUCUUCCACCUGUACGCCAACAAGCCGAUUCCGGAGGAGAAUAGCUCGCCAGUCCGGUUCAGCAAGGCAAACCCGAGCAGCAUCAACAGUGCCAUCCCCGUGGACUUGGCCAACGCGGCGCUGGAUGUCGCCAUCGCCCGACGCAACCUCUCCCUCGUUUUGGCUAUUAUCGACACCACGUUCUCCACCGCCGCUUUCCGCCGUGCCAAGGGCUACAAGAAGGCCGCUGUGCCCCUGGGAGGAUUGACUGCCGCCCCGGUGGCCUGCUACAUCCUCGCAACGUGGGCCGGGAGCCUUCAGAACACGAUGGAUCCCAGCACGGCGACUGGCAUUGCUUUUGCGGCGGGGUUGGCAUACGUGGGAGGAGUCUCCUCGGUUGGAUUAUUAGCCAUCACCACAGCCAAUGACCAGAUGAAACGCGUGACUUGGCAGUCUGGUAUUCCGCUGCGGCACCGGUGGCUCCGCGAGGAGGAGCGGGCGGCCUUCGAUAAGGUCGCCCUUGCGUGGGGGUUUAAAAACGUUUACAUGAGAGGUGAAGAGGAAGGCGAGGAAUGGGAAACUCUGCGAGAGUUUAUCGGAAUGAGGGGGAUGAUCUUGGAUAAGACGGAGCUGAUGGAGGGUAUGCAAUAAAUGGUGACCUUGACUGAAUCGAAUAAAGAUGUACUGUACUGUACCAUAUAGCCCAACAUAUUACCGUGUUCA